AUGCUCUGUGGCAAAAUCCAAGUUAGCAGGUAUUUUCAAGGUAGAUUACCAAAAAGUAAAGUAAAAAUUUUCUUUGUAGGUGUCCGACCUGAAAGUAAAGCAAAUGUCACAGGUGUGGUACUCAAGCUAGUGCGAAAAUUAACCCCAAAAACUAAUACAGACAAUAUUCCCAGAACUCGACAUGGCAACUACGAACUUUCUAGACAUUUGAUAAAUGCUAAAGAAAUAUUCACUUGGUCUAAUGCCACGCCAAUUCGAAAGCAAACAGAUGUCGGGUAUGUUUGUUGCUUCUGUGAUGCCAUAUACCCCGAACCAGCUCAGUUGAAACAACAUACUAUGGAGAGCCAUGAUGGCAUAAAUAAUAGUAGCUUCACUAAACGAAGGGAUCUAAAUGAGUUUCACGUAAAAGUCGAUAUUACAGGUUUAAAUUGCAAAAUUUGCAAGCAAGAUUUAGAUGAUCUUGACAAACUGAUAAUACAUCUAAAGGAAGACCACAAAAAAAGACUUUUCCUAGAUAUCAAAAAUCACAUGAUACCGUUCAAAUUUGAAACGUCUUCCUUACAAUGUUUCAUAUGUUCAAGUGAAUUUAAUAAAUUCAAAAAUUUAUUGGAGCAUAUGAAUAUACAUUGUAGGAACUAUAUCUGCACUGUGUGCGAAGCUGGCUUUAUCAACCGUAGGCGACUUAUAGUUCAUUCAGAGAAACAUAAAACCGGUGUUUUCCAAUGCGGUAUAUGCCCUGAAGAAUUUACAACGUUGGCAAAGAGGAAAUCGCAUGUAAUUUCCAACCAUAAGCCAAUCAAAAAUAGAAAUAGAUGUGGCCAUUGCAAUGAAACUUUCAAAGACUAUAAUCAAAAGCAAAGACAUUUGAUAACCGUCCAUAACAUAAGGAACCAGUAUAACUGCAACGCGUGUGACCGAACUUUUCCCACCAGAAAAGCCUACAGAGUACAUAUGCAGCGAGACCACCUAAUGGAGAGAAGGUUCAAAUGCAUCGAAUGCGAUAAAACUUUUUAUUGUGGAUACACUUUAAAAUGCCAUUUGUUAAAGCAUUCAGGACUAAGAGAGUUUCAAUGCGACAUAUGUCUUAAGACGUACGGACGAAAGUCGACUUUGCGGGAUCAUUUGAGGAUACAUGCGGAUGAUAGGCGGUUCAAGUGUGAUCACUGUGGACAAGCUUUCGUGCAGAAGUGUUCUCGACAGCAAAUAGUCAUCGUAUCUGGAGAAAAAGCACAGGAAAUGCUUCAAAACCUACAACAAACCAAUGAUAAAACGUCUAAGAAGAAACGUAAAAGAACUAAAACAAGUAUAGAUGAUGAUAAAUGUAUGCAAGAAGUAGAAAAACAUAGAAAUAAUAUGCUUGAAAUAUUAUUCCAUUCCAAUGCUACGCCAAUUCGUUUUAAAGGAGAUAUAGGCUACGGUUGCUCUUUUUGUUCCGACCAAUACCCAAAACCUGCUGACUUAAAGAGCCAUACAAUAGAAGUUCAUGACGAAGAUAGUAUUAAAAAAGUUAUUGCAGAUAUGCGAAUUUACACAGUGAAGUUAGACGUAACAGCUUUGCACUGUGCGCUUUGUUCAACAGAUAUACCAACCAUAGAAGAACUCAUGGACCAUCUAAUCAAUGACCAUCAGCGUGUUAUAUACACAGAUAUUAAAAAUCAUAUGGUGCCAUUUAAGUUUGACGAUGAUCAACUGAAGUGUGCUAUAUGUUCCGAGAAAUUUGCCAAAUUUAGAAAUUUAACAGAACAUAUGAAUACACAUUUCAGAAAUUAUGUGUGUGAUGUGUGCGGCGCGGGGUUUGUUAAUCGCGAUAUUCUCAGAAGUCAUUUGAGGAUUCAUAAGACAGGCGAUUUCACUUGCGAUUUUUGUCCAAAAACAUUCAACACUCGUGUCAAGAAACAGUCCCAUAUAAACAUUGUCCACAAACGAUUGUACAUGACGAGGAAGUGUGGCUACUGUAAUGAACUGUUUGAUGAUUACAAUAAGAAAAAUGAUCAUUUAGUAAAAUUUCAUGGUGUCAAUCUCGUUAUCCUUAAAUGCGAACUUUGUGCCAAGACGUUCAUCAAUCAAAAUCAGUUUAGGCGGCACGUUAGAAAGGAUCAUCUGAUGGAGAGGAAUUACGAAUGUGAAGUGUGCGAUAUGAAGUUCUUUAGUAGUGAGAAUUUGCGAAAACAUGUGCUAAAACACACGGGAGAGAGAGAUUUUCAUUGCAGUGUAUGUGCAAAAUCAUUCGCACGAAAAUUUACUUUACAACAGCAUAUGCGAGUGCACUCCAAGGAACGUAAAACUUCUAGGACAUCCCCGGAUCGAUACUUGGUCAUAAGUGAACCAUCCGAAAGUAUAAAUUUCGAAGACAUAGACAAUGAUAAUAAAAAUAAUAGAAAAAGAAGGAUAAAAACCGAAUCUGAAACCGUAGUUAGAAAAAAAGCUAAAAUAACUAUAAAAACUAAAAAGAUUAAGCUAAAACCUAUAAAGGAAUUGACAAAACAUCAUCACAAUAUAAAAGAGGUUCUCCAAUGCUCUAACACUACACCGAUCCAUGGUAAAAGUGACCUCGGCUACCUGUGCUGCUAUUGCACACAACAAUUUCCAGAUCCUGCAGACUUAAAAAAACAUACAAUUGAUGUGCACAGAGAUGCGCCUAAACCUACUUUCUUCCAAAAAAGGGAUCUACAAAAAUUUUACGUCAAAGUCGACAUAACUGGAUUACAAUGUAAUAUAUGCAGAACAAAUAUCGAAGAUUUGGACAAAUUGAUCGAUCAUUUAAAAACUGAGCACGACAGGAAAAUAUAUACGGAUGUAAAGAACCAUAUGGUUCCAUUUAAGUUUGAUAGUGAAGAACUAAAAUGUUUUGUUUGUGCAAACGUGUACACUAAGUUCAAGAUGCUGCUAGAGCAUAUGCAUAAGCAUUGUAGGAAUUUUAUAUGUGAAUGUGGUGCCGGAUUUUUCAAUCGUAGAUCGUAUUUGAACCAUCAAAAAUCUCACGUUGUCGGUGAAUUUAAAUGUGAUCAAUGUGAUAAAGUUUUUGAUAAUGCUCAAAAAAAGAAUCAGCACUUUCGAGCUGUUCAUAUACACGCAUAUAAACUGAAUAGAUGUGGCUAUUGCAAUGAAAAAUUUGCUGGUUAUCGAACGAAAGCAGAACAUCUUAGAAUUGUUCACGGUGUAGGAUGUGAAACAGCUCAGUGCCAAGCGUGCGAAAAGAGUUUUUGUAACAAAGAUUCCUUAAGGAAACAUAUAAAACGUCACCAUUUGAUGGAAAACCAACACCACUGCACUCUGUGCGAAAUGACAUUUUUUGCUAAGAAAAAUUUGGCAGAGCAUAUGGUCACUCAUACUAAAACUCGUAGUUUUCAAUGUAAAGUUUGUUUUAAGAGAUAUGGACGGCAGCACACGUUGCGUGAACACAUGCGUAUUCAUAAUAAUGAUAGGCGUUUCAAAUGUGAACAUUGUGGGAUGGCGUUUGUGCAAAAGUGUAGUUGGCGACGUCAUAUGCAGACUAAACAUGAUGAGCCAAGUUUGCGAAGAUGUCAAAUUCAUAGAAACGAAGAUUUUAAACGGGAAGAGCCGGCAUUAAAAAAGGGUGGGGAAUUGGAAAAGCACAAGAUCAACAUGAGAGAGAUAUUAUUGAACUCUAACGCAACGCCAAUACGGUGUCGUGGCGUUUUCGGCUACAAUUGUUGCUUUUGUACUCAACAAUUCCCAGAGCCUGCAGAUUUAAAAAAGCAUACUCUUGAAAUACAUGAUGAGAAAACUAAAAUUAAUUUCAUGAAAGGCAAAGACUUAUUCAAAUUCCACGCCAAGCUAGAUAUAACUGAUCUUAAAUGCAAUUUAUGCAACUCAAGUAUUAAUACAGUGGAAGAGUUAGUGCGGCACCUUAAAGAGGAACACAAAAAGACUGUGUUUAUGGACAUCAAGAACCAAGUACUACCAUUUAAAUUCGACAAUGAAAGGCUUAGAUGUUUCAUAUGCAUGAACGUGUAUCAUAAAUUUAAAUCUCUACUAGAACAUAUGAAUAUGCAUUGCAGAAAUUACAUUUGUGAAGUGUGUAGUGCUGGUUUCGUCAACCGGGCAAUUCUCGCUCAACACUCCAAAUGUCAUAAACUUGGCACUUUCAACUGUGAUUAUUGCCCAAAAAUUUUCGAUACAUUUAGAAAAAAGCGAUCUCAUGAAAAGUGCGUGCAUACACAUUCGACUACUUUAAAUAAAUGCGGCUACUGCUAUGAAAAGUUUCGAGAUUACAGGAAAAAAGAACGGCAUUUGGCUGAAGUGCAUGGUAUCGUCGCUCAAGCACUAAAAUGUCUGGUUUGCGAUAAAACGUUUGCAAACCAAAAGGAUCAUACGAUACAUGUAAAAAGAUUACAUUUGAUGGAUAGAAGGCAUAAAUGUCCCCAAUGUGAUAUGAGUUUUUUCUCAUCUUCUGAAUUAAAAAAUCACAUUGUUAAGCACACAGGUCUUAAGAUCUUUAAAUGUGAGAUAUGCCAUAAGACGUACGGUCGUAAGAAAACGUUAACAGAACACUUGCGUAUACAUGCAGAUGAUAGGCGGUUCAAGUGUGAGCACUGCGGUCAGACGUUCGUACAAAAGUGCAGUUGGCGAGGUAAAAGAAUCGUCAAAUCACAGUCGACAGUUAUACAGAUUAAAGUAAAAGAAGAGAAAAAAAGGAAAAAAGUAAAAAUGGUUCCGAUGAAAAAGUUAACCGACUACCAAGCCGAACUACGAAAGCACAAAGCCAAUGCUAUACAGAUAUUGCAAAACUCGAACGCGACACCCAUACAUGACCACACCGAUAAUGGUUACGGUUGCAGUUUUUGUCUCAACCGAUUCCUAGACCCGGCAGACUUAAAAAAACAUACUUUGGAUUUUCAUACACCUUAUUUGGAUCUUAAUAAUUUAGAAAAGUUAUUGCCAAAUGAUUUGAAUAAAGUAUGUGUUAAAUUGGACAUCACAUCACUAAUAUGCCAAUUAUGCGAGCAAAAUAUAGAAUCUAUCGAGAAUCUAAUCGAUCAUUUACAGAACGAUCACAUUAUACGUAUAUUCGAUGACAUAACCCACCAAAUGUUGCCUUUUAAAUUUGAAAAUGACUUUCUACAGUGUUACAUGUGUAAAAAUAUAUUUAACAAAUUCAAAAAAUUGAUGGAGCACAUGAAUAUUCACUAUAAGAAUUAUAUGUGUGACGUGUGUGAUGCUGGGUUCGUGAAUCGAAGGAAACUUUAUCAUCAUAAGGUGAUACAUCUGACUGGUACAUUCUCUUGCAGUCAGUGCUCAAAAGUGUUCAGCACGUUCACCAAAAAACGGUGUCAUGAAAGGCAGUACCACGAUAAGGCGAUGCUAGUGAACAAAUGUGGGUUUUGUAACCUAUUUUUUAAGAACAAUCGUCAGAAAGACAAACAUUUGGUGAAGGAGCAUGGCGUCACGUCGAUUGCUAGGAAAUGCCAAGCGUGUGAUAAAACUUUUGUCCAUCAAAAUACUUUGAUGAUUCACAUGAAGCGACAUCAUCUGGUGGAGCGACCACAUAAGUGUCCGGAAUGCGGUAAAGGCUUUUUUUCUACCUCGGAGCUGAGAGCUCAUAUGGUGAAGCAUACAGGGCAAAGGGAAUAUCAGUGCGAUGUUUGUAUGAAGUCUUAUGCCAGAAAAUGGACUCUGCACGAGCAUAUGCGGAUACAUGCGGAUGAUAGACGGUUCAAGUGUGAACACUGUGGACAGGCUUUCGUGCAGAAGUGUAAAUCUCUCAGACCAACAAAAACAUCGAACUUAUCUCAGGAAGAUGACGAUUCUGUUGAAGAUAUAAUAAAAGAUCAUAUUACGCCUAAAGCUAGACAAGGUGAACAGUUAGAAAAACAUCGCAACAAUGUGAGAGAGGUUAUACUAUGUUCCAAUGCCACACCGAUACGGUGUCGAGGAGGCAUCGGCUAUGCGUGCUGUUUCUGUACUAACCAAUUCCCAGAUCCCGCGGACUUGAAAAAACAUACGAUGAACGAUCAUGACGAAAAAGCUAAAGCAAUAUUCAUGAAAGGACGGGAUAUGUACGGAUAUUUAGUCAAAUUAGAUAUUACAGGCUUAAAGUGUAAACUGUGCGAUACAAAACUAGAAACUCUGGAAAACGUCCUCGACCAUUUAAAAAAUGUUCAUAACAAAAAUAUUAGUACAGACAUACCCAAUCAUAUAUUACCCUUCAAGUUUGACAGUGAAGUUCUAAGAUGUUUCCUUUGCCACAAUUUUUUUAACAGAUUCAAAGCUCUCCAAGAACACAUGCAUACACAUUACAGGAACUAUAUUUGCAAAGUGUGUGACGCUGGUUUCGUCAAUCGCCAUCUGCUGCUGUGUCACAAUGAAGGCCACAAGACUGGCACAUUUGCUUGCAAGCAAUGUGAUCAAAUUUUCGACACUGUAAGAAAGAAGAAAUUACACGAAAGAAAGAUUCAUAACGGCUUGAACAUGCCCCAUAAAUGUGGUUACUGUAGCGAGAGGUUCAGGGAGAAUUGUCACAAAAACGAACAUCUAGCCAAAGUCCAUGGAGUUGUUGGACCGGCUAUAAAGUGUCAAGCGUGCGACAAAACGUUCACAUUGCAGCAAACAUGGUUGUUGCACAUGAAGAAAUAUCAUUUGAUGCAAAAGCAGCAUGGCUGCACGAGAUGCGAUAUGGCCUUCUUUUCAAAACGGGAACUAACUGACCACAUGGUCAAACACACAGGCACAAGGGAGUUUAAAUGCGAAAUAUGCAAGAAGUCAUAUGGAAGAUUGAAGACUUUGAAGGAACAUGUGAAGAGACAGCAUCCAGAAGACCGUUAUUAUAAGUGUUCUCACUGCGAUCAGUCUUUUGAUAAAAAUUUCGCAUUGAAGUGUCAUAUCAGUGCUAAACAUGGAGAAAUCCUAAAUUCUGUGCAA